GCUGCCGUUGACUCCUGACAUCUCGUGAGCGGGCAGGUCACAGCAUUGCACCGAGCGUUUCGAGACAGACGCUCAAUAAAGCUCCAGUGAGAAACAUAUAAGAGAAUUUCGCAACCAUGUGGGUGCUCCUUGCUUUGUUGGUCGCAGUGUGCGCAUGCGCAGCUGAACCUAUUGUCAAGCCAGACUGCAGUGACGUGUACCAGUCAUAUGACCUUUCUAAAAACUUCAACGAGACCAUCGCACACGCCAUACAUUCCAUGACGGUGCAAGGACUAAGACUGUUCAACCCCAGGGCGAACCCGGACAACAGGGUACCCACCGUAAACCAUGACAUCAAAGACGCGAAACACCUGGUGCUGCCUUACGCACCCGACUCCCCCACGGGGGAGGACUUCUCUACCGACACGAUGAAUAUCAUUGACUCCGUGCUCAGUCGCAUCGGUAAGGACGACGACGGUUUGGGCCCUAACUGGUCAGCGGUGGAGCGUGUCGUGCACACGUUUCAUAUGAUUGACGUGUGGAAGACGAUCAAGGGGGUGUAUGAUGAUACCGUCGCACUCCACCCCCCUCAGAAUUUCCUGUGUGAAUGCUUACUUGACACCCACAGUAACGGCAUCUACCGCGCGGUGCACUGGGUAGCGGAGCAUUACAAGUCAGGCACACCCAUCACUCUCCUGAACAGACCCAUACCGAAACUACGCGACGCCAAGUCGUGGAGGGUGUGGAAAUCACGCCUGCUUCACUACUACAAGAGACCUGCGCUCUACGAUGCGAGUCUUUUCCUGUACUGCGCAACCAAGGACUUCUGAGUACCUGAGUUCAGAGAGAUACAGUAGUCUUUUGCAAUCCUGACAGGGUCAAGUGACGCAUUUUUUAUCAAAUAGAGUUUUCAUGGCUUCAUUAAAGAGAGCUUCAUAUA